AUGGAGCGGCUGCGGGAGGUGCGGCUGCGGCUGCAGGCGUGGGAGCAGGCGUUCCGGCGCGAGCGCGCGCGGCGGCCGGGCCAGGGGGACGUGCAGGAGGCGCCCGAGGAGAUCCGCGCACUUUAUCGGCAGUACCGCGUCCUGAAGAAGGCCGUGCGCCAGGCCGGCGACCCCCCGGCGGAGGCCCAGGAGGACCCGGAGUCCAGCUGCUGGGGAUCACACCUGAACCGGGCGGUGGCCGGGAGUUCUCGCCCGACCCCUGGGCAGAAACCUCCGGCGUCUGGGCAGGACUACGGGGAGAGACUCAAGGCCAACCUGCAGGUGAAGGCAGGGCUGGCCCAGAGCUGCAGACUCCGCCUUCCACGGAAAUCCAACUCAGAGGCCUCCAAACCUCCUGGCCCGGAGGCCACCCCCACCUCAGCAGGAGGAGGCCGCACAGUGUCCCCACAGUCCCCACAACCUCCCGAGCCCCCCGAACCCUCCCAGUCCCCGGGGCCUCAGCCACGGCCAGGCCGGCUCCAGCAGCUUCGGGCAUCCCUGAGGCUCCGGCUGGGCUCCCUGGACCCUGACUGGCUGCAGCGAUGUCACCCUGGGAGCCCUCGCAGUCCUGGCCUGGAGCCGGAGGGAUCAGCUACACCGAUCACAGGCCAACAGAGCAGUGUGGACCCCAUCGCGGGCUGCGAGCCCUCAGCCACACCAGCAGCCCAUGCCCAUGGAGAUGGCCUCCAGCCCAGGCGGUGCCAGAAGCGGAGCAGGAACGAGGGGCCUGAGGGCAGCCUUGCCUGUGUGCAGCAGGACAGCGGCCAAGGAGACCACGAGAAAGACGCUGCAGAAGGGGCUGCAGGGGGCGGCAGCCCCUCCCGUGGGGCCUGCGUGGAGUGGACUGUGGGGAUAGCCCCCCUGUGCAGCUCUUCCAGGACAGGAGUCCAGGACCGGGGCAACUACGUGCGGCUCAACAUGAAGCAGAGACGCUACGUGCGGGGCGGGGCCCUUCGGGGCAGGGCCCUCCUUAGGCAGGCACGGAAGCAAAAGUGGCAGAAGAAAGCCGCAGGCCUCACUGGGGGCGGGCCCAAGGUCACCUCCAGGGACUCUUGCUUCCGCUGUGGGCAGCCUGGCCACUGGGCGUCCCACUGCCCCCAACCAGCCCUCCAGGGGGAAAGGAGAGAGGACAGGGAGGAGACCUCAGAGGAAGCCACCCAGUGCCGGCCCCCAGGUGACAGGGACCGGGAACCUCCUGAGCUGGAGUCACCAUGCUUGCCCACCCCUGUGCCGCCCCUUUACCCUGUGGAGCCCUCGAGGCAGAUGGCUGAGACCCCCGCUGAGGUGUACCAGGCCCUGGAGGAGCUUGGCUACCAAGCCUUCCGCCCGGGACAGGAACGUGCCAUCAUGCGGAUCCUGUCGGGUGUGUCCACCCUGCUGGUGCUGCCCACCGGUGCAGGCAAGUCCCUGUGCUACCAGCUGCCGGCCCUGCUGUUCGCCCGGCGCAGCCCCUGCCUUUCUCUCGUCAUCUCUCCCCUGCUGUCGCUCAUGGAUGACCAGGUGUCGGGCCUGCCCCGCAGCCUCAAGGCUGCCUGUCUGCACUCGGGCAUGAGCAGGAAGCAGCGGGACUCUGUCCUGCAGAAGGUGCGGACGGCCCAAGUGCACGUCCUCAUGCUGUCCCCGGAGGCUCUGGUGGGAGCUGGGGCCACCUCCCUAGUCACCCAGCUGCCACCUGUGGCCUUCGCAUGCAUCGAUGAGGCCCACUGCCUGUCUCAGUGGUCCCACAACUUCCGGCCCUGCUACCUGCGCGUCUGUAAGGUGCUGCGGGAACGUGUGGGAGUGCGCUGCUUCCUGGGCCUCACAGCCACGGCCACACGCAGUACUGCCCGUGAUGUGGCCCAGCACCUGGGUGUGGCUGACGAGUUGGGGCUCGGGGGACCCGUGGCCGUGCCCCUCAACCUGCAUCUCUCUGUGUCCAUGGACAGGGACCCAGAGCAGGCCUUGGUGACACUGCUGCAGGGCGACCGCUUCCGGGUGCUGGACUCCAUCAUCGUGUACUGUCCCCGGCGUGAGGACACAGAGCGGCUCGCCGCACUGCUCCGGACCUGCCUGCGUGACACUCCAGAGGCCAGGGGUCGCGACCCCGAGGUCAUAGCCCAAGCCUACCAUGCUGGCAUGCUGAGCCAGGAGCGGCGGCGGGUACAGCGGGCCUUCAUGCAGGGUCAGCUGCGAGUGGUGGUGGCCACCAUGGCCUUUGGCAUGGGGCUGGACCGGCCGGACGUGCGGGCGGUGCUGCACCUGGGGCUACCCCCGAGCUUCGAGAGCUAUGUGCAAGCUGUCGGCCGCGCAGGGCGUGAUGGGCAGCCCGCCCACUGCCACCUCUUCCUGCGUCCACAGGGGGAGGACCUGCAGGAGCUGCGCAGGCAUGUGCACGCCCAUGGCACUGACUUCCUGGCUGUGAAGAGGCUGGUGCAGCGGGUGUUCAUCCCCUGCACAUGCCCCCAGCUGCCCCCGGAUGGAGAGGGACCCAUCUCUGGGGAGCCCCCUCCCAGGGAGGCCCCAGCGUCUGGGAGAACGUGCCCUGGCCACGAGCGGAUGCUUCCUGUGCAGCAGAUGGUGCAGGCGCUGGACAUGCCUGAGGAGGCCAUUGAAACGCUGCUGUGCUACCUGGAACUGCACUCCCAGCGCUGGCUGCAGCUGCUGCCUGCCACCUACGCCCGCUGCCGCCUGCACUGCCCUGGUGGCCCCACUCAGCUCCAGGCCCUGGCUCCCCGGUGCCCCCCUCUGGCUCUGUGCUUGGCUCAGUGGCCACCCGGGGACCGCCGGCGCACCAGCAGCUCUGUGGAGUUGGACAUGGGUGAGCUGCUGGACUUGAGCGGCUGGGAGCUGGCCUCAGUGCGGCGGGCUCUCCGCCAGCUGGAGUGGGACCUUCAGUCUGGGACAGGUGCACCCCAACGCACAGGUGUGCUCGUGGAGUUUGAGGAGCUGGCCUUCCACCUGUGCAGCCCCGGGGACCUGUCGGCAGUGGAGCUGGACCAGGUCUGCGACUUCCUGUAUAGCUGCGUGCAGGCCCAUGAGCACAAGGGCCUGGCACGUCUGUGCCACGUCUCCCAGGCCUUCCGCAGCGUGGCUUUCCCCAGCUGUGGACCCUGCCUGGAGCGAGCUGACCCGGAGCGCAGUGCCCAGCUCAAGGCCCUGCUCAGCCGCUACUUUGAGGAGGAAGAGGAGACUCUGAAGCUGGGGCUUGAGGAGCAGCAGGGCCCCGAGCUGGGGCUGGCCAGUCUCCAGGACUGGGAAGACCAGGUCCGCCGUGACAUCCGCCUGCUUCUGUCCCUGCGGCCAGAGGAGAGGUUCUCGAGCAGAGCGGUGGCUCGCAUCUUCCACGGCAUCGGGAGCCCCUGCUACCCAGCACAGGUGUUUGGACGGGACCAGCGCUUCUGGAGACGGUACCUGCAGCUGAGCUUCCAGAGCUUGAUGCGGCUGGCCACAGAGGAGCUCAUUCGCACAGGCCACUGACAGCUCUGCACAGCAUGGGGAGCCGGCCACCAGGUGGACAUCCCAUCGGGAGCGGGGCCCCCACUGGCCUGCCAGAGUGAGGUCAGGUUCCCAAGUGCAGAAUAAAAGGCACAGUGUGACUCCUGGGUCC